CCCCUGCCUGUCCCUCUUUGUCCGGUGGCGAUAGAAGGCCAUGAUAAUUAUGGCAAAAUUUGCGUUUUUGAAUGAAUUAUAGUUGAAUGGUGGAUCAACAAGCAUACACCGAGUGACGACUGGUUUGCUGGCAAUGACACACCAGAGAGUUUCAAUUUAAAGGACAGCAGAGCAAGCAACGGAGAAAGGGUACAGUUUGCUUCCAAGACAGUCUGCAAGAUGGCUAGCUAUCUUCAGUGGCAUGCUAACGUUAGCUAGCAAGCUAAUGUUAGCAUAGUAAACAACAGUUUUUCAAAACAUGCUCGAUUGUUUUGUCUGGUAAAUGCUGUGAUGCGUGAAGUCGAGUGCACAUUUUUUUUCCACAAAUGAAUGUAGAACCGAGAAAAUCACAGUCUUCGAUUAAUGUCCCGGCGUUGCGGUUACUGGGUGAAAUCUCAACGCUGCUAGCAAGCCACAUUGAGUAACGUGGCUAAGCUAGUUAGCCGAGGUAGUUACUAGCUUGCGUUAGCUAGCUGCUGGUCGAGUUCUGUGCUUCACAUCUGUGAUCAUUUAGAGAGGGGAGGUGGGGUUGCUCUGUAACUUGUUUGUACUGGCAGUCAAGCCAGGUAGCAGGCGAUCGGUUUCACCCCAGCUAGCAGAAACUGGCUCGCAACGACGCGAACUUGCGCUAAAUAACAUGAACCAGCUCCGCUUUUACCUGCCGUUUAUUUGGUGACCAAAUCCCGGCGUGACAGACACCGAAAAGAUUUGCAGCUGGAAAGGAGUUUGCAGACCUGGGCCGGCGUUAUUACCAUAACCCUUAGCUACCGAUACGCGUUAGCAAUUGCUGUGAUGAUAACCAUUUUAGCGGCAUUGACAUGACCUGAAGGCAGAUUCCACCUACUCGGCUCAUAGCCUUCAAGACGUCGUCAUUUUUAACUUUUUUUUUCUUGCAUAUGAACGGUGAUAUGCCACUUCACCGACAGUCAUAUUAGCUAAUGGCUGCCGAAUCGGGGAGACUACUGGCGGGACAAGGAAAACGCAAAGCUUCACAGAUGAAGAGCCCGGAGAAGAAGAAGGCAAGGAAGUCUACUACUCAGGCGGCGGGGUUCUCCCACCUGACUGAGUUCGCACCCCCUCCAACCCCUAUGGUGGACCACCUGGUCGCCUCCAACCCCUUCGACGAUGACUUCGGACCCCCAUCCCGACCCAGUGGGGCAGGUGGACCGGCCAGUGGUCCAUUUCUUCCCAGCCCGGGCGCAGGCGGAGGAGGUGGUUAUGGAGGAGGAGGCAGAAUGGGCGGAGGCAUGGGCUUCAUGGGAGGACCAGGAGGACCAGGUGGUGGCCAGCCGGGACGGAGGCCACCAUUCGGGCCUCCAUCCAAUGCUGGACCGCACCACCAGCUUGGCUUUGGAGGAAUGCCUGGCUUUGGUGGUGGCGGUGGUGGAGGCAGUGGUGGAGGAGGAGGAGGUGGAGGAUUUCCUCCUGGUGGCCCAUCUCAGUUCAACAUGCCUCCAAACUUCAGCCCACCCAUGCACCCUGGGCCAGGUUUCAAUCCCAUGCUGUCUCCAGGAGCUAUGGGAGGUCCUGGAGGAGGAGGGCCUCACCCUCGGUUUGGAAUGCCGCCACAGCAGCAGCAUGGACAGGGUGGACACCCAUUCAACAGCCCACCGUUACCUGGCGGUGGAGGCCCCAGAGGGCCUCCACAUGGCCCCCUGCCUCCCAUGGGAGGAGGAAUGGGUCCUGGGAUGAAUAUGAUGGGUGGACCUGGAGGCAACAUGGUGGGAGGCUUGCCAGGGAUGCCCCCUCAAGGACAGUUCCCUCCCUCACAGGAUGGACCCUACCCUGGCCCCAGUCCACCAGGACCAGGCAACGAGGAUGGAAAGAACUUUGGUGGAGGAGGACCACCACCUGGGCCUCAACAGCAGCAACAGCAGCAGCUUAACCUAAAUCCCAACGGCCCCCCUCCUAAUAAUACCACUCCUGGUCCUCCUCCCAAUUCUGGCCCACCACAGCCAGGGGGAGGCUUUCCUGGCCACCCUGACGUCCCACAGCCCAAUGCCAACACACCUGGUCAGCCUCCCUCAGCACCGCCUCAGACUAACCCCAACUCUUCUCCCACUGGUCCCCUGAAUGGAUCAGGCCAGCCCCAGCAUCAACCACCCAGUCAGCUACAACCCCCCAGCAAUACAAACACCUCCAACUCUAACAACUCUACCCAGCAGCAGCAGCAACAACAAUCCACUCCACCUAACUCUGCCCCUGGCUCCACCCCUUACAACCAGCAGAACAACACCCCCGGUGCUGGUGGUCCCAUGCCAAACGCAGCCCCCAAUUCAGGUCAGAACAACAUGACCAACAACAACGGAGGUAACACUCCCGGCAGCAACCCCAACCCCCCCUCUAACUCCACUUCUACCCCAAACACCCAGUCUCCCCUCCCCCCUGGCCCUGCUGCCCCCUCGACUGGACCCGGUUCUGGCCCUGGGAAGCUCGGCGGCCCCGGGAUGGUCUUCCCCUGUGGCCUCUGUAUGGCGGAGGUGCAUGACGAUCAAGAUGCCAUCCUGUGCGAGGCAUCGUGCCAGCGCUGGUUCCACCGUGACUGCACGGGCCUGACAGAGCCGGCGUACGGGCUGCUGACUCGAGAGAGCGCUGCUGUUUGGGCCUGUGACUUCUGCAUCAAGACCAAGGACAUCCAGGCCGUGUUUGUGCGCCAGGCAUUAGGUCAGCUGGUGGCAGCUAAUGAGAGUUGAGAAGUUGAUGACAAAGGAGAAAGUGCGGAGGGAGCGAUGCAUAAGGACAAAUAGAGACGGUCUUUGCUCUGAUCUAAUUGAAUGACCUGUGUGUCAGCUGCUUGCCCAGCUUUCUCUUGACUAGCCCUUUACUUGUUCACGACACAGAGAAACACACUCAUUGACAGUCAUGCUUAUAUAUAGCACUUUGAGUGACUGUAGGAAAAUGCUCCCCCCCCCCAAAAAAAAAAUCAUAAGUCAAAUCAUAAUGAAUGUUAAAAUGACACAGUCCUUCAGACAUCUAGCCUGCCAACCAGCAAAGCACUGACACCAACACACUACCUCACACACUUUGUGACUGACUGGCACGGAGGCUCCCGCACUAACUGACUGUGAUUGACUCACCGCAACUCAUGCACCACAUGAGUAUGAUAAUAUUUCAGACACAUAAACCAACAUUAGGCGGGGGGAGUGAUGUUGAAAUAUUCCCCUACUGUGUACAGACAACUCAGAACAUCAACAUUACUCUCUGAUUUGUCGCGGCUUUAAAUCAAAACAAACAUGAUGUAUCACAUCUUUAAAAUUGAAAAAAAAAUAAUAGAGUGCCUGGAAAGCUUAAAAGGGACUUGGGUUUUAUUUGUUAAUUGAUGCACAGCUUUAUUUGCCAUCAAAAUGCUUCAUUCUAGCACUGCCCUGCCAGAUUUCUGCCUUUUUUUUUUUUACUGCAAGCAAGCGAAAGGAAAUGGAAAAACACAUCUGUGUAUCACAGUGUAACAUCUCAAACACGAUGUGAAACUAACAAAAGUUAUUUUGGCAAUUCCUGCACACACACACACACACACACUUCAACCCUCUGUACUUCUUGUAUCAGUCAUUUUGUACCCAGUGCUGAGUUAAUCCAAAGGAGACCCGGGUAGAGACUUCAUCCACACCUCAUGUAGAGGAUUUUACCACCAAAAUAGUUGUAAAUAUUAGGACGAAACAUUUUGUCUGGAACUCCCAUCAGUUGCCAGAGAGUUGACCAAUGAACAAAAUAACAAGUGGAACUUCUGUGUUUUGGUUGUCUACAGUAUGACGUUUUGGUUUUUAUACAGUCCAUUUCUUUUUAUCUCUGCAGUACACAUGAAUUGUGAAAUCAGUGCUUUUGGAUGGUGUUGGCAUAGCAAGUAGUGACAUCAUGUCAUAUCAGAUGUGCAUAGUCCUUUUUAAAAAAAAAAUAACAAAACGCAAAAAAAAAAAACAGGGGAGGGGGGUGCAUGUGAACCAAUGCAGUAACUGUCUGAUCUGUUUAUGUUUAUACUCUGGCCUCUGCGCUGCCACGGGCCUUGAAGUAGACCAAAUAACUUAAGAGCGAAAAAUAGCCAAUUUUUCACAUUUCUGUCACGGUAUAAGGUGUUUAUAACUAUUCUUCCUUCUCUCUUUCCUUAUUUUUCUUUAUUCAAUGUCCAAGUUGCCUUUCUGUUCUUGCUCUCUCAGCUGUCCCUUUUUGAUUUUGUACUGGUGUUCGUGCUGUGCUCUUGCUCUGGUCUGGCACCUCCUGGUGGAACCCGGAGGAACCAGUGAGUCCCACACCUGUUGGGGAAGGGAAAGGUACUGAAGUCUGAAGUAAAGACAGAUUUUUUUUUUGUACUUGUCCAUGUCUGUUUUUAUUCACAUUUUUAAAAAUUUGUUUGCUAAUUGUUGUAUUAAAAUGAGGGUUGGAAACCCUAAUGAAAAAGUUAAAUGUAAUUUUAUUUGUCAUAACGCCCAGAGGUACAGCUACUGUAGGUUAUCGUGUUCAACCAUCAUAAGUGGUUUGCUUUAAGGUUUUUUUCAGUUUAUUGUGAAAAGUUGUUUUGUGAAGCUUGUAUUUGCAGAUUCAUCAUUGGUUCUGUGGUGAUUUAUUCAAACUGUUAGUUACCUCUCAGCUGAAGCUAGAAAUAUAUUUUAUGGGAGUGUAAAUUAAUGAUUUCCAAGAAAGUUUUAAAAUUGUUUAUAAAAUGCUAAAAUAGUAUACCUGAGAGCCUUUUACACAAAUAGUAAAAUAUUCGGA